AAAUGAAGUAGGUAAGUGCUAGGUAGGGACAUUACAUGGGAAAGAAGAGACAAUGGUGUAAGAUGGUGGCAGUCAUAUAUGCAGCAGCUAGCGUCUAUCAACUAGAUGGACCUCUGGAUCAGCCGGCCAGCAGCUAGAUACCUACCUAAGCUACCUCCUGUACCCUGCAAUCGGACAUCUGAUCUGGUCUGAUAUGUGAAAUGCCCUCAUUUGAAGAAGUUCUCAUUCAUGAAGAGCUGCAGUAUAAUAAAUCAUAUUUGAUGGAGGAGCAUGCAAAUUUGUUGGCUAAGAUGACAAAUGAACAACGUGUUGUGUAUGACAGAAUAAUGGAAUUUGUAGCUCAUAGAAACGGGAAAUUCUACUUUUUAUAUGGCCACAGAGGAACUGGGAAAACAUAUCUAUGGAGGACUUUGUCUGCAGCUGUGAGAUCUCGCGGUGAUAUAGUUCUUAACGUCGUUUCAAGUGGUAUAACAUCGUUUCUCUUGCCUGGAGGAAGGACCACACAUUCGAGGUUUGCGAUUCCACUUAGUGUUGUAGAAGACUCCACGUGCAACAUAAAACAUGGUAGUCCGUUGGCUAAGCUGAUAGAGUUAUCUAAGUUGAUUAUAUGGGAUGAUGCACCGAUGAUGCACUGACACUGUUUCGAAGCUCUUGACCGAAGUAUGAGAGACGUGCUUUGUUACUCCAACCAUUGUGAUGCUACCUUACCUUUUGCCGGGAAGACAAUUGUAUUUGGUGGUGACUUUAGGCAGAUUCUUCCUGUGAUACCAAAAGGCACGAGACAAGAUAUUGUGCAUACUUGUGACACCCCGGGAAAUUUAAUAAAAAGAUUUAAUAUUAACUAAACAUGUGAUACCACACAAUUGUAGUUGCGGAUAUUUUCUUAGCUUAUGCUUCGGGACGAAACAUCUUUUAAGGAGAGUCCCGUUGUGACAACCCGAAAAUUUAAAGAAAAUAAAUAAAUUUAUUAGUCAGAUAAAAUGUUACGAAAGUCAAUAAAAAUGUUUCAAUGAUAAAAGUGACAUUUUUAUAAUAGAUGUGUUGACUAGGUAGGACCUUGACUUAAAACAUUAAAGUGACAUUUAAAAAAAAAAAAUUUAGUAUCGGUUAUAUAAAGUAUACACUAAAAACCAAUUUUAUUGAUAAUAAUAACAAUUAUAGAAGUGUUGACCUUCCCAACCUAAAAUGUUCACACGUAUUAAUAAAUCCAAGCAUGCAAUAUAGUUUCACUACAUAAAC